GAAGGGAGGGACUAAAGGUUCUUCUGCGUGUGCGUGCCGCAGACAGCAGUCAAACUGAAGAUUUCAGAGUGGUUUCUCUCCGGUCUAAUUAAAUACAAGUAGAAUUAAAUAAAAAGCAAGUUUUCCUGUAAGAUUUAAUCGAGAGUCGCCCAGGAUUUAACAUAUUAAAGACUAUUGUAACGCCGACUGGAGCUGAUCACCGUCAACCUUUAUUACUCGAUCUAAUGUCCUGCUUCGAGUUUUUAACGAGCUGCAGAAGAGCGCUGCUCGCGGGGCGUCGUGUGCAUGUGUUGUCGCUGCGCACCAUCGUCGAUCUGUCGUACUCAACACACUUCAUGGAUUAUCGAGCUUCAUCGAUACCGGCCUCUAUGAGGAAGAUGGUGGUGACGAAACUGAGUCCGAACUUCAGAGAAGCGGUGUGUAUUCAGAACGCCCUUGUGCCCACACCCGCCGACGGGGAUCUGCUCAUCAGAAACCGAUAUGUGGGCAUCAAUGCCUCUGAUAUCAACUAUACAGCAGGACGCUACGACCCCUCAGUGAGACCACCAUUUGAUGCAGGAUUUGAGGGAAUUGGUACAGUGGUUGGCCUGGGCCUGAGUGCCAGCUCCCGCUACACUGUUGGUGAUACUGUGGCCUAUUUUGGUGAAGGAGCCUUUGCUGAGUACACUGUAGUAUCUGCCAAAAAAGCUAUAGCCAUAUGCACUGCAAGGCCAGAGUACCUGACUCUGCUCGUGAGUGCCGCCACAGCCCACAUCGCCAUACAGAGACUGGCAAAGUUGAAGGAAGGGGAGACGGUAUUAGUUACCGCUGCUGCUGGCGGUACAGGACAGUUUGCUGUGCAGUUUGCCAAAAUGGCUGGUUGCCAUGUGGUAGGCACAUGCUCCAGCAAUGAGAAGGCCGGCUUUCUGAAGACCAUUGGCUGCGAUCGCCCCAUAAACUAUAAGAUGGAGGACCUGGGCUCCGUACUACGCAAAGAGUAUCCACGCGGUGUGGAUGUGGUUUAUGAGUCAAUAGGUGGCAGAAUCUUUGACUUGGCAGUGAAUAAUAUGGCCAUCCUGGGCAGACUGAUAGUGAUUGGGUUUAUAUCAGGCUAUCAGAGUGCAUCAGGACUGCAGCCAGUGAAAGGUGGUACAUUACCAGUUAAACUAUUGCAAAAAUCUGCCACCGUUUCUGGCUUCUUCUUACCUCAUUUCAUGUCAGACUAUAGAGAAGUGUUGAGCAGCCUGAAAGAAAUGUUCGCUCAAGGAAAACUGAUUUGUGAGGUGGACAUGGGCGAUUUGGACCCAGAGGGUCAUUUUAUGGGGCUUGAAUCAGUUUAUAGAGCUGUAGAUUACAUGUACGCUGGGAAGAACCUGGGAAAGGUUGUGGUAGAAGUGUCACCUCACAGUAAAUUGUAAUGAAAGCAAAGAAUGUCAUGAAUGGAACUGCAAUAACAUCAAAUUUCAAAUUAUAUUUCAAUAAAGAAGAUUUGAGGUGCAAGUGAUACUAUUAAACCAGAAUUAAUUUUCAAUUUAAAUUUUAACCAGAACUUUAAGAUUGACAUUAUAUAAAAGUCAAGACAAGUCAAGAUAUUUUGUUGGUUAACAAGUGGUAAUUGCUUUGUAAUAAUUUUUUUAGGGGGCUGAAAAUCCAUAUAAAUAUACAGUUGUGGCCAAAAAUAUUGGUAUCCUUGGUAAAUAUGAGCAAAGGCGGCUGUGAAAAAUGUCUUUAUUGUUAAUCCUUUUGACCUUUCAUUCAAAAUAUUCACAAAAAUCUAACCUUUAAUUGAAGUAGACUAAUUGAAAGGAGGGAAAAAUCUAAUAAUUAAAUAUUUUUCUCCAAAACAUGUUUGCCACAAUUAUUGGCACAGUUAAAUAUAUCUGAAGUAUAUUUCCAUUCAAUUUUAGUUUUACAUUUUUAGUACAUCUGGGUGACUAGGAACAUGAAAUUGUUCAGCCAUGACUUUGUUUCACAGGGGUAUAAAUAUGAGGUAACACAGGCCAAAUUCCCUUAGCCAUCCAUCACAAUGGGUAAGACCAAAGAAUACAUUUCUGAUGUGUGGCAAAAGGUUGUUGAGCUUCAUAAAAUUGGAUGUGGCUACAAGAAAAUAGCUAAAGCAUUUAAAACCAUUUCCACCAUCAGGGCAAUAAUUAAGAAUUCCAAUCAACUGGAGACAUUAAGAAUUGCCCUGAGGACGUGUGUCUAUUAGAGGUCGACCGAUAGUGUUACCGAUAACUAAGCUGGGGAAACAGGCCGAUAGCCGAUUAAUUGGCCGAUAGUUUUUAAAAUAUGAAUGAAAACUUUCCAUUCAGUGUAAAAUAUAGUGCUGAACUUUAGUAAGUAUCACUUUCAAUGGCAAUACCGCGGGAGGGGGAUAUACUUUUAGCUUACAUCUUAAAUUCAUAUGGUCAUGGCAUUAAAUUGGUGAGGGAUUGUUUUCUUCUUGCGUUUCAUUUUAAAGUGAAGAGAAGGCAUAAUUUCUGUGCCACACGGCUUAGAUCGCUCGGUAUUCAUUGAACAAUAUGCGGUAGAUGGCGGUAUGUGCUGCUUCAUCUGUCAGUCACCCGAAGAAGAACUUGACAAACAUGCGCAGAUGAACCUUUUCUAAAUUGCGCUAUUUAGAAAUGUAGUUCGAUUGGACGGCCGAUAGAUACGUUGGAGAAAUGGGGAAAUGUUUAUUCUAGCCUAAAUGGACAAAAGACAAAAGGUUUGCGGGAUGGUUAUAGUCUGUACCAUAGAAUGUUUAUCAAGCUUAUUGUUCAACAUAUCGAAAGAAUUUCCAGUUGAGUAUGAUGGGGAUAAAAGCAGUCGAAUCACACUUAGCCAGCACCAAACACAAACAGCAAGAAAGUGUCGCACAGACUUCUAACAUUUUACAAUAUUUUUCUCAAGACUCAACUGCAACAAAUACAAAUAGUGUGUAAGCUUCAUGUACACACGAAUCUCCUGCUGCGACAGUUUCUUCCACACAUGAAUCUCCCGCCGUUACUUUCCCUCACACGAAUCUCCCGCUGCAAAAACACCCAACCAAAAUGACUUAAGGGUUGUAUUUGGCAGCACAUCAACACUGAAGUUGGAAGUGUUAUGGGCAAUGCGUACAGUAUGCCCAUAACACUCCUACAAAUCAAACGACAAAUCGAAAAUAUCUUUCGUGUUAUGUUUCCUGAUUCAGAAUUGGCAGCAACAUUUUCAUGUGGAAAAGAUAAAACGGGUUACUUGAUGAAAUUUGGAAUAGCACCAUUUAUUAUACAGCAGUUGAUUUCAGAGGUGAGCAAAGACUCUUUUGUGAUUAUGUUCCACGAGAGCCUUAACAGAAGUACCAACAACAAACAGAUGGAUCUGCAUAUUCACCACUGGACUGGUGACUGCGUUCAGUCUCUAUAUUUUGGCUCUCAGUUCCUUGGACAUGCUACAGCUCAGGAUUUACUUCAUAAUUUUAUGGAGUGUGUGGAGAAACUAAAUUUACGAAAUAUGGAGUCUGUAUCAAUGGACGGGCCAAACAUAAAUUGGAACUUCUUUGAACUCCUUCAGCAAGAACAUAUGGAGCAGUUUGGAGGAUCACAGCUUGCUGUUGUUGGAAGUUGUGGACUCCACACUCUGCACAAUGCCUUCAAAUGUGACUUUGCAAAAUCAUGUCAGAUAGACAAACUGUUGAAGGCUUUACAUUCACAGUUUAAUUGUGCUCCAGCAAGAAGAGAAGACUUUUGUUAUGUGACCAAUUCUUCUAUAUUCCCUUUACACUUCUGUGGUCAUCGUUUGCUGGAGAACUUACCAGUGGCUGAGAGAGCUGUGGAGAUUUGGCCAUCCAUGGAGACAUAUGUUGAUGCAGUCAAAUCUAAGAAAAUUCCAAACCCUGGAUCGUCGUCCUUUGACACCAUUGGCACAGCAUGGGAGGACCCCUUGAUACUUCCAAAGCUUCAUUUCUUCAUGGCUGUGUCAAGGACCUUUCAACCAUUCUUGGAGAAGUAUCAAACUGAUCAGCCGGUCAUGCCUUUCUUACACAAAGACUUAACUGAAUUACUGAAGAAUCUUCUAAGGCACUUUGUCAAAAAAGAGCUACUGGACGUCUCCGCAGUUAAACUUGCCAGAUUAGAUGCAACUGAUGUGCAGACCUGGGUCCCUCCUAAAGAUGUUGACAUUGGAAUAGGUCAUACAACAACUAAGCAGUUUGGCAGUCUACUUCAUCUUAAAGCUAAAAACUAGUCUUUUGUCUCUUUCUGUCCCAUGAACAAAUGGCUUGAUGAAUUUUUACAUGGUGUCAUCUGUGGAUCUUACAAUGAGCUUUGGAGCUUCUGCAAAAAAAAAAAAGUCCUCCUUUUGUCUCAUGGACAGGCAAUGAUCAAAAGGGGUUUUUCUGUAAACAAGGAAGUGGAAAUAUACAACAUGAAGGAAGACACAGUGGUUAUGCACAGGCUGAUCUGUGAUUAUGUCAGGGUAUCAGGUGGAAUUUUGAAUGUGCCUUUAUCAAAAGAGUUACUGAAUGCAGCUAAAUCAGCAAGAUCAAGAUACAGAAUCCACCUGAAUGAAGAGAGAAAGAGAAAAGCCAAUGAACUGCAAUGUCAAAAGAGGAAGGCAGCAGAGGAAGACAUUCAGCAACUGAAGAAAAAAAAAAACAUUGGUUGAUGUUUGUUCAUCUCUGGAAAAGGAUGCUGACCUCUGUGCUGAAGAGGCAGAAAGGAAGUCCGGAAGUCAAAUGGCACAGUUCAUUAGCAAAUCAAAUGCACUGCGGAGACGGUUGAAAGAUGAGCAGAAGGAAAAGGAGGAUUUGGAAGAAGAAAUUGCAAAGAAAGUUGUUCAACUUGGACACAUUAAGUAAUGUUUUGGUCCAAAAUAUUCUAAUUAUUCUCAGUAUUUGCAAUGCUGAUGGAUUUGGGCAUUCUUUUGUCGUCAAAAGAAAGAAAACUAGCCUUUGUUUAUAGUUUGUGGUCAUUUCAAGGACAAGAGAUUUGAACUGAAGAAUCAGAGGGAGGUUCUUAAGAAAAGAGAAUCAUAUGCUCCUAUUGUUGAGCUUCUAGUUUUUAUGACAAGAUUGUAUUUCAAUAAAUUCUUGUUUUUCCAUGUU